CCGGAAGUGUGUCACACUGCGCCGGACGUGACGCGUGGUGGUGGAACGGGAUGAGCCGCGCGGUCCUGUGGCGCUGGCGGCCGCUCCCGCUCUCUGGUCCCUUCUGUCCAGUGCGACGUCUCAGUCGGCAACCGGGGCCCGAGGAUGUAGCGGAGUCUGAGAGCUCUAGGCCCAUCCCCUUCUCCACCAGCAAAGCCAGCCCGCGGGUCUGGUCUGUGGACAGGUCCAUGGGAAGUGACUAUCGAAGACCCUGGGUGAAAGUGCUGCCGGUCAGCUUGCUAGGGAUAGGGCUGCUGCUCUGGUGCGUUUUUAGGGAGGAGGCAGAAGUCGACGAGCAACUGGGAGCCGUUUUCCAUGAGCAGGUGCCAGGCUUGUUAGAUGAGACCCCAGAAAACAAAAUGCUGCCACCAUCCCAACAGGAAAAAUGCUCACCUGCGGGAGGGUAGCUGUGAUAGCAGGCCCCCUAGGAAACGGCUUGUAUUCCAGGUGAUCUGAUGCUGCAUUGACUUGCCCGGAAACUCUUGUUUUCCCCACACAUCACCGUCUUUAUUCUGCAAGCCUGAUUCCUCGCCAUCAGUGGUAAUUCUUGGUAAUCCUCAUAUAACUCAUGGCAACAGAGAUAAUCAAGUGGACUCUUAAGUUGUGCAUAGGUGCAAUUAGAAGGUUGAAUAUGUGAACACGGCUGUACUGAUACUGUCCAUUUUGGACAACCUGUCCCCCAUCAUCUGACUUUUAAGAUUUUGAAUGUAUUACAAUAUCAAAGUUAGGAUACAAAAACAUUAAGCCAAAGGUGACAAUGACACUUGGAUAACAAAUUACUUUGUAAAGCAUGGUGAAGAUAGCUAUAUAUGUAUAUGCAUUAUUACGAUCAAGCUGAAUGUUAACUUCAUAUUCUGUACUCUACUACUGUGUUAGGUCAUGUGGAAGUGACUUCCAUACAACUCUUUUAAUGCACUGUCAGUAAGAGUUUAAUAAAUCUGUUUUCUACACUACAGAACUAAACAUA